AGUCCAUGGCUGUCUACUCUACGGAAGCCUGAGAUUUCUGAGUACUGAAACCACAUUUUUCUUGACAGCUGCAUUAGUCCAUGUUAUGGGUUGGGGUCUUCUUAGGCUGUUUGUUUCUUUGGGCUUCAAUUGACUUUGAUUUUCAGGGUCAAUUGCUUUUCCGUCUUUGUUUUUUAGGCUUGGGGCUUGGGCUAGUUGAUAUUUUGCUGGGUUGUCCCUUCAGUACUCUUCCCUUGAAUGAGAAUGAGCCACCUAAACUUUAACAUUAUCCACUCCCAAUUAAAUAAACUUCUUUUUGUACUUUCCAAAAAUAGCUUUGAACUUUUGCAGAAAAUCAGGAAUGUUUCUCACUUCUUCUCCUGCUUUCAGUACUGCCAUUACUUUGUUAAAGGCUCAUCUGCAAUCUUCAAAUGAACCCAUCACUUCCUCUUCUUCUCUAUCAUACAAACCACUUGUCUUGUCAUCGAAACCCAACAUUUAUAGCAACCUUUUUUCAGUAGAAAAUGCUGUGUCUUUCAAAUGGAGGACUAGAGUUUCAUUCUUUUCUGGUUUUUUGACCAAAGACAAAGACGUUAACGGCCUCAAGAAUGAGCUUUUUGAUGCUAUAGCACCUCUUGAUCGCGGCGCUGAGGCUACCCCUGAGGAUCAAGAGCGUGUGGAUCAGAUAGCGCUCAAACUCGAGGCAGUAAAUGAGAUAAAGGAGCCUCUCAAGUCCAACUUGCUGAAUGGAAAAUGGGAGCUUUUAUACACAACAUCUCAGUCAAUUUUGCAAACAAAGAGGCCAAAGUUCUUAAGACCCAAUGGAAAAAUCUACCAGGCAAUCAAUCUGGAUUCACUUAGGGCUCAAAAUAUGGAAACCUGGCCAUUCUUUAAUCAGGCCACUGCUAAUUUAGUUCCUAUGAAUGCAAGAAGGGUGGCUGUUAAAUUCGACUAUUUCAGAAUUGCUGGUCUGAUACCGAUUAAGUCACCUGGAAGUGGCCGUGGUCGGUUGGAGAUCACAUACUUGGAUGAGGAGUUACGCUGCAUUAUGCUUUUCAUUUCUGCAGAAUAUCAAGAGGUAACAGAGGGAACUUGUUCAUUUUGAAAAUGGUCGAUCCAUCCUAUCGCGUCCCUCUCUAGCUGUUACAAAUAUCAAUGGCUAAGACAUGUGGAUGUAUGUCGAGUUUUGGAAAGGUUUCCAUUCCAAAAUUUCAAAACCAGUAUGAGCUUCUCGAGUGAAAUUUGCUCAUCCCGCUGUAACAUUGGUACAAAGGAUCAGUCCGCGACACAGGAAACCCUGCUGUGCGGCAUCCUGGGUAAAAAUCAUAGUGCCCGAUACUCAAGUCAAUAAUGCAAGUGUAAUUCCAGUACUAUUGUAAAGUGUAAACCAUCACUUUCACUGAAUUAUAUAUAUAUAUAUAUAUAUAUAGGUAUUUAUCAUACAUGCGCAUAAUUCAUGUGCUCAUGUUAGGUGAGAAGAGUCGUAUGACAUU